AUGGCUAGCGUUCAAAGACAGUGUGACACUCUCAAAGAGAUUAUACACAAGUCAUCGAUAAGGUUUAUUUUCCCCCAAUGUCUUCAAGGUUUCCCACGUUCAGAUCUCUUAUACCGCCACUUUCGAGCCGAAGAGGAUGAGGUCCAUGCGGGCCUAAGUGUCAGAGACACUGAUUUUAAAAGGUUCCUCUCCUGCUAUCAAAAGGCUCUUAGGGCUUCAAUCCCCGCUGAGAAGCUGCCAUUUGAUUCUAAGCGCUUCGAUGUCCUGUUUAUAGUCCAGCACUAUGGACAAGAUACUGAGAGUCAGUAUACAUCUCCAGACACAACUCGUGAUAGUGCUCCGGUUGCUGACCCGAUGCUCAUAUCCAAUCGGUCAGCAUGGCCGCAUGAGCUUUUUUCACUCUCCGAUAUAGAUCCGGUCCCGAUUCCGUCCAAUUACCUAUCGCAAGGCGAAAUAACCCACGCUGAAAGCAAUACCAUGGGCUGGAACAACUGGUCACUUGGCGGCCCAGAUGAUACCGCAUUGAACGAGCAUUAG